AGUAAAGAAAAAAACAAAGACAAUCCUCACCAAACGCCAUCUUGAAACACUGGUCACAGAAGAGGAAAACGUUGAGGAUACUGCACGCUUGGGAAAAUGCUGUACUGCCGUUCUUGUCUUGGAUACCCUCAUGACUUGACAGCAGCGUGUUGACAAAACGAAUUAACUGUUGAUCUCAUGUGUGUUUCCCAACGACGCUUCUGAUUAAAUCUUGGUUGCUCCAAAGCUGCAACGAUUUUUACAGACACUGGUUGCCAGCUUUUACCGUAUGCAUAACUAGCUCGCAAAAGUCAACGGACAGAACACGUUACAAUCCAUUGGGAAGGGAAAAUACAAUGUUUCUGUUUGGAAUCGGAUUAUGCGCUAGCAUAACGUUAACGUUACAUUUUGGAAGGUGAAGACAGCGUUGUGAGGACCAAGAAAUUAGAUGUAUCAAAUAUAACGUUAGUCCACGACAUGUGGUGUAUUGAACGUCUUAUUUAGCUAGCGAACGUUAGAUAAUUUACGAUAACUAGCAAACUAAGUAAUUUAAACUACCUGAUGCUAGCUAACGUACACAUUUUAAGAUUGAGGGUUGAUUAGCUAUGUUCCAUGGUAUUGUUGCUGAAUUUACCUGGUUUAGUCUAAUUAGGUAAAAUAACAAUGAUAAACAAUUGGAAAUCGUUUGUAAUAUUGCUAGCUACUAGUAGUACUGUAACAUGCUAACUAACGUUAGAUGGAUCGUUAGACCAACAUGCAACAAGUCAGUCAAUAGCUAUGGUUUUAACCAUUUGGUAGUCUCUAGCUAGCUACACAAGUAUCACCUCUUCCAUAUUUGUGGACAUAAUUCGUCAGGACCUUCAACUGUGUAACGUAGUAGCAAGCCUCUUGGCUGGCCAGUGGAUAUUUUGGAGUGGGUCUACUCAACAAACACCUGUCAGCUGGAAAGUCCGUGUCAAUACCACACUAUGUUGUUGACAAUACUAGCUUGCAAACUAGCUGGCUAGUUACGUUAGUCUUUUUUUGUUUUGUUGCACAGACCUUCAUAACACACAGUGGAGGAGCAAACCUUUGCAGUUGUGUUUAUUUCCCGGAAAUAAAAGGAUUUCAAUUGGAUUGAAAAUGGGAGCCGCUAGCGAGCUGGCGUUUGCUGUUUUUCUCAUCUCGUUUUCCUCAGGUGCAAUCCUGGGUCGCUCGGAGACACAGGAGUGCGUGUACUACAACUCUAGCUGGGAGAAGGAGCGAACCAACCGCAGUGGCAUCGAGCCUUGCUACGGCGACAAGGACAAGAGGCUCCACUGCUUCGCCACCUGGAAAAACACCUCGGGAACCAUCGAGAUCGUCAAGCAGGGCUGCUGGCUGGACGAUGUCAACUGCUAUGACAGUAGUGAAUGUGUGGAGACGAAGGAGAGUCCGGACGUCUUCUUCUGUUGCUGCGAAGGCAACACGUGUAACGAGAAGUUCCUCUACAGCCCCGACACGCAGGCUGUCCAAAGUAAGUCAUCGUCGACCUCCAACCCGUUUACCCAGAAGCCUCAGCUGUUCAACACCCUGCUGUACUCUCUGGUGCCCAUUAUGGGCAUCGCCGCCAUCGUCCUCUUCUCCUUCUGGAUGUACCGUCAUCACAAGCUGGCAUACCCGCCCGUCCUGGUGCCAACACAGCACGCCUUUCAUAUAAUGAUAGAGGAACAACUGGGGCCACACACCCCUCCCUCGCCCAUCAUGGGGCAGAAGCCAUUGCAGUUGAUCGAGAUCAAAGCCAGGGGGCGCUUCGGCUGUGUGUGGAAGGCUCAGCUCCUCAACGACUACGUGGCUGUCAAGGUCUUCCCCAUUCAGGACAAGCUGUCAUGGCAGAACGAGUAUGAGAUCUACAGCCUGAGUGGGAUGAAACACGAGAACCUGCUCCACUUUAUCGGUGUGGAGAAGAGAGGCAACAACAUGGACAUAGACCUCUGGCUCAUCACAGCCUAUCACGACAACGGCUCUCUGACCGAUUACCUGAAGGCCAACGUGGUGUCGUGGAACGAGCUGUGCCACAUCUCCCAGACCUUGGCCCGUGGCCUGGCCUAUCUCCACGAGGACAUCCCUGGGCUGAAGGACGGACACAAGCCCGCCGUCGCACACAGGGACAUGAAGAGCAAGAACGUGCUUCUGAAGAACAACCUGACAGCCUGCAUAGCGGACUUUGGCCUGGCCCUGAAGUUUGAAGCUGGGAAGUCAGCAGGAGACGCCCACGGACAGGUGGGCACGAGGCGCUACAUGGCCCCUGAGGUGCUGGAAGGGGCCAUCAACUUCCAGAGAGACUCCUUCCUGAGGAUAGACAUGUACGCCAUGGGGCUGGUGCUGUGGGAGCUGGCCGCUCGCUGCACCGCUGCAGAUGGUCCUGUGGAUGAGUACACACUGCCCUUCGAGGAGGAGGUCGGCCAACACCCGUCUCUAGAGGAUAUGCAGGAGGUGGUGGUCCACAAGAAGCUACGGCCCUGCCUCCGAGAGUGCUGGCAGAAACACACAGGCCUGGUGAUGCUGUGUGAGACCAUCGAGGAGUGCUGGGAUCACGAGGCCGAGGCGCGGCUCUCGGCGGGCUGCGUGGAGGAACGCAUCAUCCAGAUGCAACGCCAGACCAACGUCAUCGCCCCCGAGGAGAUUGUCACCGUCGUCACCAUGGUGACCAACGUGGACUUCCCUCCCAAGGAGUCCAGCCUAUGAAUGGACGGACAUUGACUGGACGUGCCAGGUGGUGGACAUGGAGCUAUUUUGAUUGGAUGUUUUCAGGUAUACAUUGAUCGACCAGAGUGGCCCGUUCAGGAUCAUGAACUCUGGAUGAUCCCGGGUUCAUCUCUGACCCCUGACCUCCUCAGAUGGGUGUGCUGGCAUGGCGUGGUGUGUUUUAGUGCUGGGCGCUACACUACUGUCAUUCAGGAAAUACCUGGCUGUGCCCACCAACACUGGUUUGGUUUCUACCCACUUCAUAGUAUCAUGAUGUGUUGGAUUCAGUUGGACUCCCAUAGCGAGCCUCAAACUGUACAACAGAAUCCUUCAAAAGAGCAACACUAGGUCGUAACAAACCCUGUGAGCUGGGCAAAAGGGAUAUUUUAUAUAUGAACGAAAACACUAGGACCUCCUAAUAGACUUCUGUUCUAUUUUCUAAGAAGAGGAAGGGGAAGAGGACGGACUCUCCAAGAAGAACUGUUACGGCUCAGUAAAGAAAAAAGGGCGACUUGUUUUAAAAUUCCUUUGCUGUUUCCUUUCUGUGUUUAUAUGAUAAUGACAAUUGUAAUGCCAAUAAGAAACAGCUUCUGAAUGUCACGUGUACUGCUGCUGUCAAGGUUUAUUUUAAGGGGGGGGAUCCAUUUCCAAGCGUUACUACUUUGAAAGCAAAACCAUAGACCUCCCUCGAAUCAACAAGGUAUACCUCAGUCCCAUCUUCAUUACAACACUGCAACUCUAGAAACAGAACUACUAUUGUUUCUAGUUCUAUUAAGUAUAUUUCUAUGACGACAGCAAUCUCUGUAAACCAUUCAGAUGACAUCAUUACUUUGGUAUUAUUGAACUGUAUACUGUACAGCUGUGGCAGGUGAAAGUAGAAUGGUUCUCACCACAGUUUUUAAAACUAGUCUGCCAAGAGAUGUGUGACCAUACAUUUACACACGUACAUCUGCCAUCUUGUUUUUCUUCUUUGCACGAUUUUUUUUGUCCUUAUUAUUUUUCCUUAUUUUGUCCUUCCUUGCGGUUUUAAAUCGUUUUCAUUGAAAACAUGUUAAUCCUACAUUUUAAGAGUAUUUCAAUAACCCCCUAAAUCAUUGAAAAUGAUUUUAAAAAAGCACUUCUUCCUUAUUUUGGCUUGCUGUGUCAACCGAGUAUUUAAUGAUGUGAGCAUGCCUUUUGGUUAUCCUUUGGUCUUCUUUUUAAAAAAGCUCAGGAAGCUACUCUUCUGUCUCUCUUGACUCCCUUGUUAUUACCCAUCUGUAUCUCCCAGUCCCUAGCUACUUCUCGAGUCCCUUGCUACUACCCCUCUGUCUCUCCUUGUCCGUAGCUACUACCCUUCUGUCUCUCCAGUCCCUAGCUACUACCCUUCUGUCUCUCCUUGUCCUUAGCUACUACCCCUCUGUCUCUCCUUGUCCGUAGCUACUACCCUUCUGUCUCUCCAGUCCCUAGCUACUACCCUUCUGUCUCUCCAGUCCCUAGCUACUACCCUUCUGUCUCUCCAGUCCCUAGCUACUACCCUUCUGUCUCUCCUUGUCCUUAGCUACUACCCCUCUGUCUCUCCAGUCCCUAGCUACUACCCCUCUGUCUCUCCUUGUCCGUAGCUACUACCCUUCUGUCUCUCCUUGUCCGUAGCUACUACCCUUCUGUCUCUCCAGUUCCUAGCUACUACCCUUCUGUCUCUCCAGUUCCUAGCUACUACCCUUCUGUCUCUCCAGUUCCUAGCUACUACCCUUCUGUUUCUCCAGUCCCUAACUACUACCCUUCUGUCUCUCCAGUCCCUAACUACUACCCUUCUGUCUCUCCAGUCCCUAGCUACUACCCUUCUGUCUCUAGUCCCUAGCUACUACCCUUCUGUCUCUCCAGUACCUAACUACUACCCUUCUCACUCUCUCAGUUCCUAGCUACUACCCUUCUGUUUCUCUAGUCCCUAGUUACUACCCUUCUGUCUCUCCAGUCCCUAGCUACUACCCUUCUGGCUCUAGUCCCUAGCUACUACCCUUCUGUCUCUCCAGUCCCUAGCUACUACCCUUCUGUCUCUCCAGUCCCUAGCUACUACCCUUCUGUCUCUCCAGUCCCUAGCUACUACCCUUCUGUCUCUCCAGUCCCUAGCUACUACCCUUCUGGCUCUAGACCCUAGCUACUACCCUUCUGUCUCUCCAGUCCUUAGCUACUACCCUUCUGUCUCUCCAGUCCCUAACUACUACGCUUCUGUCUCACCUUGUCCCUAGCUACUACCCUUCUGUUUCUCUAGUCCCUAGUUACUACCCUUCUGUCUCUCCAGUUCCAAGCUACUACCCUUCUGUCUCUCCAGUCCUUAGCUACUACCCUUCUGUCUCUCCAGUCCCUAACUACUACGCUUCUGUCUCACCUUGUCCCUAGCUACUACCCUUCUGUUUCUCUAGUCCCUAGUUACUACCCUUCUGUCUCUCCAGUCCCUAGCUACUACCCUUCUGUCUCUCCAGUCCCUAGCUACUACCCUUCUGUUUCUCCAGUCCCUAGCUGCUACCCUUCUGUUUCUCGAGUCCCUAGCUACUACCCUUCUGUUUCUCCAGUCCCUAGUUACUACCCUUCUGUCUCCCCAGUCCUUAGCUACUACCCUUCUGUCUCUCCAGUCCUUAGCUACUACCCUUAUGUCUCUCCAGUCCCUAGCUACUACCCUUCUCAUUCUACCAGUCCCUAGCUACUACCCUUCUGUCUCUCCAGUCCCUAGUUACUACCCUUCUGUCUCUCCAGUCCCUAACUACUACCCUUCUCACUCUACCAGUCCCUAGCUACUACCCUUCUGUCUCCCCAGUCCCUAACUACUACCCUUCUGUCUCUCCAGUCCCUAACUACGACCCUUCUGUCUCUCCAGUCCCUAACUACUAUCCUUCUCACUCUCUCAGUUCCUAGCUACUACCCUUCUGUCUCUCCAGUCCCUAGCUACUACCCUUCUGUUUCUCCAGUCCCUAGUUUUACCCUUCUGUCUCUCCAGUACCUAACUACUACCCUUCUCACUCUCUCAGUUCCUAGCUACUACCCUUCUGUUUCUCUAGUCCCUAGUUACUAACCUUCUGUCUCUAGUCCCUAGCUACUACCCUUCUGUCUCUCCAGUCCUUAGCUACUACCCUUCUGUCUCUCCAGUCCCUAACUACUACCCUUCUGUCUCACCUUGUCCGUAGCUACUACCCUUCUGUCUCUCUAGUCCCUAGCUACUACCCUUCUGUUUCUCUAGUCCCUAGUUACUACCCUUCUGUCUCUCCAGUCCCUAGCUACUACCCUUCUGUCUCUCCAGUCCCUAGCUACUACCCUUCUGUCUCUCCAGGCCCUAGCUACUACCCUUCUGUUUCUCGAGUCCCUAGCUACUACCCUUCUGUCUCUCCAGUCCCUAGCUACUACCCUUCUGUUUCUCCAGUUCCUAGCUACUACCCUUCUGUUUCUCCAGUCCCUAGCUGCUACCCUUCUGUCUCUCCAGUCCCUAGUUACUACCCUUCUGUUUCUCCAGUUCCUAGCUACUACCCUUCUGUCUCUCCAGUCCCUAACUACUAUCCUUCUCACUCUCUCAGUUCCUAGCUACUACCCUUCUGUCUCUCCAGUCCCUAGCUACUACCCUUCUGUUUCUCCAGUCCCUAGUUACUACCCUUCUGUCUCUCCAGUACCUAACUACUACCCUUCUCACUCUCUCAGUUCCUAGCUACUACCCUUCUGUUUCUCUAGUCCCUAGUUACUACCCUUCUGUCUCUCCAGUCCCUAGCUACUACCCUUCUGGCUCUAGUCCCUAGCUACUACCCUUCUGUCUCUCCAGUCCCUAGCUACUACCCUUCUGUCUCUCCAGUCCCUAACUACUACGCUUCUGUCUCACCUUGUCCCUAGCUACUACCCUUCUGUUUCUCUAGUCCCUAGUUACUACCCUUCUGUCUCUCCAGUUCCAAGCUACUACCCUUCUGUCUCACCUUGUCCGUAGCUACUACCCUUCUGUCUCUCUAGUCCCUAGCUACUACCCUUCUGUUUCUCUAGUCCCUAGUUACUACCCUUCUGUCUCUCCAGUCCCUAGCUACUACCCUUCUGUCUCUCCAGUCCCUAGCUACUACCCUUCUGUCUCUCCAGGCCCUAGCUACUACCCUUCUGUUUCUCGAGUCCCUAGCUACUACCCUUCUGUCUCUCCAGUCCCUAGCUACUACCCUUCUGUUUCUCCAGUUCCUAGCUACUACCCUUCUGUUUCUCCAGUCCCUAGCUGCUACCCUUCUGUCUCUCCAGUCCCUAGUUACUACCCUUCUGUCUCUCCAGUCCCUAGUUACUACCCUUCUGUCUCUCCAGUCCCUAGCUACUACCCUUCUGUCUCUCCAGUCCCUAGUUACUACCCUUCUGUCUCUCCAGUUCCUAGCUACUACCCUUCUGUUUCUCCAGUCCCUAGCUGCUACCCUUCUGUUUCUCGAGUCCCUAGCUACUACCCUUCUGUUUCUCCAGUCCCUAGUUACUACCCUUCUGUCUCCCCAGUCCUUAGCUACUACCCUUCUGUCUCUCCAGUCCUUAGCUACUACCCUUAUGUCUCUCCAGUCCCUAGCUACUACCCUUCUCACUCUACCAGUCCCUAGCUACUACCCUUCUGUCUCUCCAGUCCCUAGUUACUACCCUUCUGUCUCUAGUCCCUAGCUACUAUCCUUCUGUUUCUCCAGUCCCUAGCUACUACCCUUCUGUUUCUCCAGUCCCUAGUUACUACCCUUCUGUCUCUAGUCCCUAGCUACUAUCCUUCUGUUUCUCCAGUCCCUAGCUACUACCCUUCUGUUUCUCCAGUCCCUAGUUACUACCCUUCUGUCUCAAGUCCCUAGCUACUACCCUCCUGUCUCUCCAGUCCCUAGUUACUACCCUUCUGUCUCUAGUCCCUAGCUACUAUCCUUCUGUUUCUCCAGUCCCUAGCUACUACCCUUCUGUUUCUCCAGUCCCUAGUUACUACCCUUCUGUCUCUAGUCCCUAGCUACUAUCCUUCUGUUUCUCCAGUCCCUAGCUACUACCCUUCUGUUUCUCCAGUCCCUAGUUACUACCCUUCUGUCUCUAGUCCCUAGCUACUAUCCUUCUGUUUCUCCAGUCCCUAGCUACUACCCUUCUGUCUCAAGUCCCUAGCUACUACCCUCCUGUCUCUCCAGUCCCUAGCUGCUACCCUUCUGCUUUGAGACGCGGGUGACCUUUCACACCGACUCUCUCUCUCUCUUCCUGGUGCCAUCUCAACCAUAGUGUUAAAACAUCUCUACUUCUAGCCUCUCUAUCAUCUCAACUCAGUUGAGCCUUGAAUCAGUGUGACAACGUUACUACUGUAGGCCCAGCCUGGGCAAAACAAGGAUGACUCUCGUCGUCCUUCCGGACUUUGAUUUGUGAAUGUGUUCUGUCUGCCAUUUCUAGCUUGUCGUACGAGCUCAGAUGUGUCUUCUGGGUGACAUUGACACUGAUGAUGAUGAUGUGUUCAUCUUUUGCAUUCUCUCUUUUCGCACCUCGUCAGUGUUUUAACUGGAACUACAACAUCUACAGCAACGUUCAGGGAUUCAAUACUAUGCUUUUCAGUAAUUACCACAGUAUAUGCAACCCGUGCAGAAUGGUGAAAGGGCGUACAUACUUGCAUUGCUGCAGGAGCGACUUUCACACCACUGUAGCAUUUUUUUAAACAGUUCAUCUUGUCUAUUGAUGUUUUAAUGAUUUGCUGAGCUGAGCUUUCGGGUAUUAGACAGAGAGCAGGUGGGCAGGUGCCAACUCAAACAAUUAUUGCUUUACCUCUAUCUGAAAGACAGUGGAACGGACUUAGGGGAGGCCCAACUGUAUUACUGGAUUGUGUCUGUACUCUCGGGAGGGGGGGGGGGGUGAAGGCUGCAGUUGGCCAGUGGUCUCGCAGCGGAUGUAGGCUCUAUCGCAAUUAGUCUUUCCUUGGUUCCGCACAUCCUGUCUCCUUGCCUAAUAUGGUUGAGGAGGAGAGGGGAUGCGAAGAUUCAAGGACAUUUUGAAUUGAGAAAGCCGUAGAAUGGUGGCCGUUACUGUGAAUCCCCCCCCCCCCCCCCCCCCCU